UAAUUCAUUGAAAGUCUAGGUACUUCAUCUAUCAUCUCAUUCUCUUCACCAUACUCAUCUAUUCUUUUACGAUAUCUUUGUCUUAAAUUCGUACACCAGCAGUCUUCACAUCUCCAUCUUACCAUGAAGUCAUUCUCUACCUCUUUUCUUUCCGGUGCAGCCAUUUUCUCGGCAGUAUCUGCCUUAGCUACUGCACAAUUGCCUGUUGAAAAACGAGCUGCAAUUGAUGGUCUUCCUUCCGGUGGAGUAGUUUCCAACGGCGUGGCCUUUGGAUUCCUUCCAUCAGAUGGCUACCAAGUGGCAUCCCCAGUUUAUACCAUGGCACAAAUAAAUAGCAAGCUCGGCGGAAAAGCUAGUACCUAUGGAUGGUAUGCGCAAAUAACAUCUAGCACAUUCACUGGAUCUCAACUCCUUCAACGUCUGGAUGAUGUUGUUGCUUCUGGUGCUGUGUUUCAACCGGCAGUUAUGCCGACUAUACCAUUUAGUCAAGUAACUAGUAAUGUAGCUAGUCAGGUUGCAAGCGUAUUGGAACAAUUCACUGCGAAGGGUGUAGAGGUUUGGUUGAGAUUUGGCCAUGAGAUGAAUUACUACGUUACGGAUGGUACAUAUCAUGGAAUAGCAGCCGAGUUUAUUACUGCUUGGAAGAAUAUUCAUGCAGCUGUUUCCACCAAUCCCAAGAUCAAAAUGUACUGGUCGCCCAAUGUGGACACUUCAUCGUCUCCGGUUGCACCAUACUGGCCGGGCGCAUCCUACGUCGACAUAGUGGGCGUCGAUUGCUACCCCACUUCAUCACCACUCCCUUCCUCCGCCUUCUCAAGCUGCUAUGGCACUUUCUACAAAACAUACUCCGCUGCUUAUAACAUCCCAUUCGUCAUCGGCGAAACAGGCUACGCUGGGUCUUCUGGAAAUGCUGCGUGGAUUAGUCAAUUGGUGAAUCAAGAUAUGUGCGAAUAUCCAAACUACAAUGCAGCAUCAUGGUUUGAGUAUAACAAAGAAGCGAACUUCUUGAUUGUGGAAGGCAGCUCAUCGAUUCUGUCUUCUGCUCAACAGUUACUUUUGCACAAUACGAAGACGGGCUGCGCUAUCUCCACCACGACCGGGAGCACACCGACAACCCUUGCGACUAAAACGGCCAGCACAACUACUAAUACAACUACUAAUAAAGCUGCUAGUCAAACCGGGGCUUGUACUUGGGGCUGUAACGGAUGGGAUUGCAGCGCAAGCAGUCCUUGCAACGCUGACUAUACCUGCAUGAGUGGUUAUUGUCAUUGAACAAUA